CGACCCAAUCUAAUAAGGCGGCAAAGAGUCUUCCAUUUCCCUCAGAAAUCUUCAUAAAAUUCUUCAAUGGCUGCCUUUCCCUCCAUUCGCUUCUUCGCUCUUUCCAGGUUAUAGCGUAGCCUGAUAGGGUGAUUCUAUGGCAAAGGAGGAGGAAUCGGGGCAGCUGAGGAGGGCGGCCAUUGAUGCUGCAGCUGGUGCAAUUGCUGGUGGUAUUUCGCGGACGGUGACAUCGCCUCUUGAUGUUAUCAAGAUCAGAUUCCAGGUUCAAUUAGAGCCAACAACUUCAUGGGCUUUGGUACGUGCAAAUAUGUCUACAGCCUCAAAAUAUACUGGAAUGUUGCAAGCAACCAAGGAUAUAUUCAGAGAAGAAGGUCUACUGGGCUUUUGGCGUGGCAAUGUACCAGCAUUGCUCAUGGUUAUGCCAUAUACUGCCAUACAAUUUGUUGUCCUACAAAAAUUGAAAACAUUUGCUUCUGGUUCUUCCAGAACAGAGGAUCACUAUAAGUUGAGUCCAUAUCUAUCUUACAUCAGUGGUGGGUUGGCAGGGUGUGCAGCUACAAUUGGGUCUUAUCCAUUUGAUCUUCUAAGGACCAUAUUAGCUUCACAAGGUGAACCUAAGGUCUACCCUAACAUGAGAGCUGCGUUCCUUGAUAUAAUCAGAGCUCGUGGCUUCAGAGGAUUGUAUGCUGGCUUGUCUCCUACACUGGUUGAGAUUGUUCCUUAUGCUGGCCUGCAGUUUGGAACCUAUGACACAUUUAAGCGGUGGGCUAUGGUAAGGUUUUUGUUCUCUCAUUUUAAUCCUUGACUAACCCUUUAUAUGCAACUUAGCUCUCCGACAUAUUUUAUAAUGAAGAAUUUAAGAUAAGGAAAACUGAAAUUUGUAGCCUGUAUUGCCUGAUCAUGAAUUUUGUAGAAUAGUAGGUAAAAUGCAAAUACUUUAUGAUGGAUCUUGUGGUUCUGAUAUUACAUUGCUGAUUACUCCAGGAAUAUUUAUAUCUGCACAUAUAGGCCCCUCCUGUACUUGCAGCUUGUUUUAAAAUCUUGAAUAUCUUUUUGAGCACUUCAUCAGGCCCUGGUUGAGGGUUUUCUUUUUAAAUCAUACCUACCAAAAAAGAAAAGAGGAAAAAACUGGAAUAUUGGGAAUCACUGGUUUAAAAGGUUUUGUAAUAAUUUUCUGAAUUUGUGCUGGUUUAUGGCCUUGCCUUGUAUUCUAUUCUGAUCAUCAUAGGCCUGGAACAAAUUGAGAUAUUCAGAAACAAACUCAAGAGAUGCAGAUGUUAAUCCUUCAAGCUUUCAACUUUUCCUCUGUGGAUUAGCUUCUGGAACAUGUGCCAAACUUGUGUGCCAUCCACUUGAUGUUGUCAAGAAAAGGUUUCAGAUUGAGGGAUUGCAGAGACACCCCAAGUAUGGUGCUCGGGUUGAACAUCGUGCCUACAAGAACAUGUCUGAUGCCUGUAGGCGAAUCCUGCAGUCAGAGGGUUGGGCUGGACUUUAUAAGGGCAUCAUCCCAUCAACUGUCAAGGCUGCACCUGCCGGAGCAGUGACAUUUGUGGCUUAUGAAGCCGUAUUAGAUUGGUUAGAUUCCACAUUUUGACUCUAACCUGAUCCGGUUUUCAUUUUUGGCCUUUUCCCGUUUUAUCUACCAAUUAGAUAUAGAUUAAUCUCAUUCUUUUAGCCAUGAAUAUUGAUGUGAAAAAAUGCCCAAGCAUGGGAACGUAGAGGGGCGCCACCAUAUAUGUAGUUGUACUUGGUUUUUUGUGAUUAUGGAGGACAGGUUUCACAGGAAGUUCACAGAUUCAGGAAAUACAGAAUUUGGGAAUAAUGGUUCAAAAUGUAAAGCACGUUUUGUUGCACAAUUCAAGAAGAGCAAUAUUCACAACCAGACCAAACAAAUAUUUGAAUUUAGAGUAGCUCAAAACCUCCAAAUCCACCUCUAAAGAAAGUGAGUAGGGCAGAUUCAUCUCUUAAAAAAAUGUAAGGGUAAAUUUAGUAAAAUUAUUUUUUUAAUGGAUUUUGUUUGUCAUAUAAUCAUUUUUUAAUGAAAAGUUGAUAAAAUUUAUUAGGAAAUAAGUAAUUUGUUUUGAUUUAUAAUUUGAAGAAAUAAUUUAUCUCUAUAUUUUUUUAAUAAAUGAAUUUAUCUUUU